CCCUAAACCCUCCUCUCUCUCUCUCUCUCUCUCUCUCUCUAUCGGUCUCUCCCUCCUCCCUGAGCUCGACAAUGGCGAUCUCGAAGCCGAAGAAGCCCCAAACCACCCUCACCGCCACCACCACUGCCGCAUCCUCCUCCGCCGAGGACCUCGACCGCCUCAAAUCCGAGGUAGCCUCCUUCGCCUCUUCCCUCGGCCUCGCCCCCCUCUCCUCCGCCGCCGCCGGGUUCGACGACUCCGACUUCCGCAAACCCGUCCCCCUAAAAGCCCCCAAAACCCUAGCCCCCGAUCCCGGCGAGCCCAAGAAGGGCGACGACCGCGAUCUCAAGCCGAAGCAGAAACCCAAACCCCACCCCCUACAAAUCGACCCCUUCGAUCACGAGGACAAGAAGAGGCUACCCACCUAUCCGCUGAUGAAGGCGAGCUCGCUCUCGGGGCAGUGGUACGCCGACGCGGAGGAGGUGGAGGCUAGGGUUCUGGGGCAGGAAGUGAGGACGAAGGCGUCGGCAGCGGCGAUGGGGAUCGAGGUGAUGAAGGGGUUGGUGGCGAGGAAGAAGGAGGUGGCGGAGAGGCUUAUGAGGCAGUACGCAGGGGAGUACGAGCAAUCGAGGAGGAAGAGUGGGGAUAUGAAGCUUCUUGAAGUGACGGCAAGGUCGGGAACUUCUGCAGAUAAGGUUUCGGCAUUCACCUGCUUAGUGGAGGAUAAUCCGAUCGCGAAUUUGAGGUCUCUCGAUGCUCUUCUAUCUAUGGUGACCUCAAAGGUUGGGAAGCGCUAUGCAUUUACUGGUUUUGAGGCGCUAAAGGAGUUGUUUCUUUCAAGGUUGCUUCCAGAUCGUAAGUUGAAAUGCCUUUUCCAGCGCCAAUUGGAUGUUUUGCCGGAGACAAAAGAUGGUUUUACUCUUUUGCUCUUCUGGUACUGGGAGGAAUGUUUGAAGCAAAGGUAUGAAAAGUUUGUGAUUGCUCUGGAGGAAGCACUAAAAGAUAUGCUACCUAACCUCAAGGACAAAGCAAUGAAGGCAGUCUUCAUCCUUUUAAAAAGUAAAUCAGAACAAGAACGUAGGUUACUUACAGCUCUUGUUAAUAAGCUAGGGGAUCCUGAGAGGAAGGCAGCAUCUAGUGCCGGGUAUCACUUAUCAUGUUUGCUAUCUGCACAUCCUAAUAUGAAGGCGGUAGUGAUUGAUGAGGUGGAUUCUUUUCUCUUUAGACCACAUGUUGGAUUGCGUGCCAAAUACCAAGCUGUUAACUUUUUAAGUCAAAUUCUUCUCAGUAAAAAGGGUGAUGGGCCGAAAAUAGCAAAACGUCUGGUGGAUGUUUACUUUGCACUCUUCAAGGUACUUAUCGCUGAGUCUCACGGUAAUGAAGUGCAUAAAAAAAGCGAAGAUGACAAAAGAAAUGUCAAAAAGAAGGAAAAAAGAGGGAAAGUUAAAGCGCCCACUUCUUUCCGCAACAGCAAGGCAGAACCUUCACCAGAGUCUAAUGUUGAGAUGGAUUCUCGGCUUCUUUCUGCACUUCUAACUGGAGUAAACAGAGCAUUUCCAUUUGUUUCAAGUGAUGAGGCCGAUGAUAUUAUGGAGGUUCAAACACCUGUUCUUUUUAGAUUGGUCCACUCUGAAAAUUUCAACGUAGGAGUUCAGGCAUUGAUGCUUCUAUACCAAAUUUCUUCCAAAAAUCAGAUCGCCAGCGACCGUUUUUAUCGUGCCUUGUAUGCAAAACUUCUGAGCCCUUCCGCUGUUAGUUCAUCAAAGCCAGAAUUGUUUCUUGGGCUAUUAGUGAAAGCGAUGAAGAAUGAUAUAAACUUGAAGCGAGUAGCUGCCUUUUCCAAGCGCCUUCUGCAGGUUGCACUUCAGCGGCCGCCUCAGUAUGCUUGUGGAUGCCUGUUCAUACUCUCUGAAGUUCUAAAAGCAAAGCCACCUCUAUGGACAAUGCUGCUCCAGAAUGAGUCUGUUGAUGAUGAUCUUGAGCACUUUGAGGACAUCAUAGAAAGCCCUGAGGACUUGGCUGUUGCCCCGUCUGGCAACUCAAUAAAUUCAGAUGAACUUCCUACUUCACUUGGUGGCAAAAAAUUGGCGGACUUGGUUCAUGACGAGGAGGAUCAUGAUUUAGAGGUUGAGGUUGGUUGUGAAAAUGUAAGCGAAGGUAACAGAGAAGAAAAUCACACAACCAAUGAGGGGUCAACACUACCUGUUGGGUAUAAUCCGCGGCAUAGGGAACCUUCUUUCUGCAAUGCCGACCGUGCAAGCUGCUGGGAGCUGACUGCAUUGGCUUCGCACGUGCACCCAUCUGUGGCAACUAUGGCCCGGACACUUCUCUCCGGGGCCAAUAUUGUUUACAACGGAGAUCCUCUCAAUGACCUAUCACUCACUGCUUUUCUUGACAAGUUCAUGGAGAAGAAGCCGAAGGUAAACAGGAAAGCUGAGGGCAUAUGGCACGGUGGUUCCCAAAUUGCGCCGGCACGAAAGCUCGACCUGAGCCACCAUCUCAUCGGGGAUGAGAUACUGCAGCUCGCGGAGGAUGAAGUGCCACCGGAAGACGUCGUCUUCCACCGAUUCUACAUGAACAAGACCGGCUCCUCCAAGAGGCUGAAAGCCAAGAAGCAGAAGGCGUCGCUCGAUGACGAGGACGCCGACCUGUUAUUGGACGGGGAUGAUGAGAGUGCCGAAGAGAUUGACCGCAUGCUGGGAUCUGGGCGCAGUACGGUGGAAGAGCCCGAGGGAGAGUACGAUUACGACGAUCUUGACCAUAUCGCCGAGGAGGAUGAUGACGACCUGCUCGGAGACGGUAGUGAUGCGGAGGCGGGCCCGGCCCCCAAUCAAGAUCGUGAUAAAAAUGACGACGAUGACGACGAAGAUGAUAUUGAUGACGAUGAUGGUGGUCUUGCUUUGUGGGAUGAUGUUGACGAGGAGCACAAUAAUGGCGGCGGCGGCAGUGACGACGAUGAUGAAUAUGGUGAUGCUGACGGAUCUAAUAAAAAGAAAAAGACCGAGGGAAAGAAGCAGAAACUUGGGGGGCGUAGUCGCGCAUCGCCUUUUGCUAGUCUGGAAGAUUAUGAACAUCUGAUGGGCGGGGAACAGGAAAAGACGAAUAAAUUGAAGAAGAAGACAGAGAAGUCAAAAUCGCAAAAGAAGAGGAAGAGAUCGAAAUGAGGAUAAUGUCGAAGAAAUUUGAUGUGUCAUCGUACUUAUGACUGAUUUACCGACCUUUGGGAUCGACACAACGAGAGCAGUGAAGCGACGGCGACAGCAACGACAAGUAACACUCCUUGCGGAGAUCACGUGCGAGUGAUUCCAAAGUAAUUUGCAAUUUAGAAGGUUUAAAUCACAAAUUUGUUUUUCAAAAUGCGCGGCCAUUUGCGGAACUCUCCUACAGUGUAAUCUGUGGUGGCAAUUUUUGUAAUUUUCGGUCGAACUACGGAUAUUUAAACUGGAAAGUAAAUUCCUUCCCAGUUCCUAUAUAAGUUUAAGACGAUGCUGCUGAGUGUUCACCGUUUCAACUUCGUUGAUGUUGAUACUUUGAUGUUCUUCAA